AUGGCGUCCUUCAGGAACCCAGAUAAGAUCCCCAACAAGAUCAAGAGACGCGAACAGAAUGUCAAGCGGAAACGGUCGACUGAGAAUGCCAAACGAGACGAUCGAUUGCGGCGACGACGACAGGAAGACAAAAACCCGCAUCUACGGGAAGAGCGACGAGCGAAGAAUGUUCCGGCUACGAUAGACAGUAAGCGGACUUGGGAUGUGGCGAAUGAGGACGCAGAGGUAGAGGCGAAGUUGGGCGUGAGUGUGGACGUGCUCAAUCCCAAGCGAAGAAAGGUUGCCGAGGAGGAGAAGCAGAGGCCGGAGGAUAUCGAUCCCGAGGCGCAUCAGGCGGAUGUGGAGGACGAUGAUGAAGAGCCGGUUGCUGUGGGGGAUCUUGCUGUGGACAGCGUGGGGGAGGAUGAAGACGAGGUGGACAGCAUGCUGGACUCCGACUCCGAGAAUGAUGAAGACGAGGAAGGAACAAACGACCCACCCGAUCGCGCAGACAGCGAAGCACCUUCCGCCGUCCCCUCAACAGCAACAGCAACAACAACCGCCACAGACCUCAACCUCACCCCGGAAGCCCUCAUCGCCCGCUUCCCCACCUUCUUCGCCAACCCCGACCGCGACCCCAAAGUCCUCGUGACCACCUCAAUAAACAGCCCCUGCCACUGGGAAGCCCAACUCCUCACCUCCCUCUUCCCAGGCAGCCACUACAUCAAGCGCACCGCCCACUACCACAGCUACAAGUACUCCAUCCGCGAAAUCAGCACCUACGCCACCGAGCGACAAUACACCCACGUCGUCGUCCUAAACGAGGAGCGAAAAAAACCAAAAGGUCUCGACAUCGUCGCCUUGCCACAAGGACCCAUGUUCCACUUCUCCAUCUCCAACUGGACCGAAGGCGCCCGCCUCCCAGGCCACGGCAACCCAACAAACCACUACCCUGAACUAAUCCUCAACGGCUUCCGCACCUCCCUCGGCCUCCUAACAGCCCACCUCUUCAAAUCCCUCUUCCCACCUCGACCCGAGAUCCAAGGCCGACAGGUCGUGACAUUGCAUAACCAGCGAGAUUACAUUUUCCUCCGACGGCAUCGGUAUGUAUUUCGGGAUAAGAGGGCGAGUGAGAAGAGCGUGCAGGGGGCGGAUGGGAAGGCGAUGAAGGGGGUGGAGGAUAUUAGGGCUGGACUGCAGGAGUUGGGGCCGAGGUUCACGUUGAAGUUGAGGAGGAUCGAUACGGGGAUUCAGAGGCGGAGUGGGCAGGAGUGGGAGUGGGCGGCUGGAGGGGAGAAGGUGCGGACGAGGUUUUCGUUGUAG